AUGUCGAGCGAGACCAUCAAUCUCGACACUCUCGAGCCCCAGCAGCUCGCGCAGGUCAAGAAGCAGCUUGAAGAGGAGCUCGAGCACCUUACGAGCUCCUUCGCCCAGCUCCACGGCGCCCAGAACAAGUUCAAGGAAUGCCUCCGAUGCGUACAGAGCCGAGCCGCCGAUAGCCAAGGCUCAAAAUCAGUCUUGGUCCCGUUGACCAACUCUCUCUACGUCAGCGGCGAGUUGACGAGCACCGAUACCGUCUUGGUGGACGUGGGCACAGGGUUCAUGAUUGAAAAGAAACUAAAAUCGGCCGAGAAAUUCUACGAUGCAAAAGUAAAGGAGGUUGGCAAUAGCUUAAAAGAGCUCGAGGCAAUUGUUCAGAGGAAACAAAUGAACGUUCGCACAAUAGAAGAGGUUUUACGGAGCAAGAUCAUGGCCAGCCAAGCAGAAGGUCAAAGUUGA